AUGUAUUCCGUAGGUUCGAGCCGAGUCUUCGACCCCUACGUGCAGGUGAUCCAAAACGCCAAUCUCACUCAGUACAUCUGGAGCAAGUCCUUGCUGCAGCCCCUGUGGGACUACCUGCGCACCCAGCACCAGGAUGCUCUCCGCUCGCCCCUCUUCCCCGUGAUCAUCUCGGUCUCCACCUAUUUCGCUGUGUGCACCUUCUACAUGAUGCUCGACCUGCUGGCUCCCAGGUGCCCGCUCAUCAGGAGGUACAAGAUCCACCCCGAACAGCAUGUCACCUGGGAAGACAUCUUCAAGACCCUGUGGCACACUGGCUACAACCACCUGAUCUAUGUCUUUCCAGCCGCCGUGGGUCAGUGGUAUUGGCGGCCACCGAUCCCUCUACAGGAGGAAGCACCGCUGGUCUCUGAGUUUCUCAUUGGCAUCCUGGGCUGUACAAUCCUCUUCGACUUCCAGUACUACUUCUGGCACAUGAUGCACCACAAAAUCCGCUGGCUCUACACCACUUUCCAUGCCAUCCACCACGAAUACUAUGCCCCCUUCUCCUGGUCCACUCAGUACCUCUCCGCCUGGGAGUUGGUCAGCGUUGGCUUCUGGACGACCAUCGACCCAAUUAUCCUGCAGUGCCACUGCCUCACCGGCUUCACUUUCAUGGUCUUCAACAUCUGGAUCUCCGUCGACGAUCACAGCGGCUAUGACUUCCCGUGGGCCCUUCAUAAUCUCAUCCCGUUCGGCCUGUGGGGCGGGACGGUCAAACACGACACUCACCACCAGAAACCCCAGAGCCACUUCGCGCCUUUCUUCUCUCACUGGGACUGGCUUUGUGGCACUCACUGUGAUUGCAGGCGCUCGCCCGCCGUCUCGGAGAUGCAAGCGAAGACACGCAAAGCGCGCCAAGACCACAACUAAUAGCCACACUAAAAUUUCAUCCGAUCGGGCUGCGGACCCCGGGGAAACUCUAUCCCAAUCUCGAGCUAUGUGAACUGUAGGUAUAUUCUGAUGCUCACUGACUCUAGAUUAUAUUUAUUGUAGAGCUUUUUUAAGAAAAGAAACGAACGAAAACCCUUGGAGUGUGGCUAAGUGCGAAUAUAUGCGAUAUUUAGGUGUGUUCCAUUUUAUUAUUUCAACUAGGCAAACAUGUCAUAACAAUGUCCGGCUUUAACAAUGUGCCAGAUUUAGGAAUGUUUUCGAUGACCUUGUGUAUUGUGGAGUGGAAAAAGUGCCUUAUCCAUUCAGUCUGUUUUCCAAAUGUGCGCCGCUUUCGCUGAAAGAGGAAUAAACUGUGUAUUUUAAGAGGCAGCGCGGAAUGCCUACGUCAAUAUAAAUAUGUGUUUUGUUUUGGAAAAUAUUGUAUAUCUUGGAAUUCAAAUAAAAGCGAUCAGUUUGUACUCACUC